UGGAGUUCACGCACCAGGCAAAACAUCACAAACUUAAGGCGCAGACGCCGAUUCGCCAUUUCUCCAGGAUUUUUGUUUCAGCCAUUUCUUAUUUUUAAAUACAAUGCAUUCUGGACAGGUGCGUCGAUACUGGUUCGGGGCCCGGAACUAUAACCAUGUCCCUCUUUUUGGAAAUGAAAGAGUUCGGGGAGGCGGCCUCAUUCCUCCGCAAAACUGUCUUGGAACAACUGGCAGCUCAAACUCAUGCAUUUGACGGCAAAAAGCGUGUGUUCAUUCCCGAUGAGAAGGAGGCGUACUUGGAAGUGGAACUGAAGGAUGUAGAUGGGGAUAAAGCCACCGUUGAAACCAGGGAUGGAAGGCUGUUGAUUGUGAAAGAGGAGGACAUUCAGCAGAUGAAUCCCCCAAAGUUUGACAUGAUAGAGGACAUGGCUAUGCUUACACACCUCAAUGAGGCCUCAGUCCUCUUCAACCUCAGGAGACGAUACAGCAAUUGGAUGAUCUAUACGUACUCAGGUCUGUUCUGUGUCACAGUAAACCCGUAUAAGUGGCUGCCUGUCUACACAGCUACAGUGGUCGCGGCUUACAAGGGCAGGCGCCGCAAUGAAACCCCUCCCCACAUCUAUGCCAUCGCUGACAAUGCCUACAAUGACAUGCUGCGAAAUCGUGAGAACCAGUCUAUGCUCAUCACCGGAGAAUCCGGUGCUGGCAAAACUGUCAACACGAAACGCGUAAUUCAGUAUUUUGCCAUUGUAGCUGCGCUUGGUGAAGCAGGUGGAAAGAAAGGAGGUACUCUAGAGGACCAGAUCAUUGAGGCCAACCCUGCCAUGGAGGCUUUUGGCAACGCCAAAACUGUGAGGAAUGACAACUCAUCACGCUUUGGCAAGUUCAUCAGAAUUCAUUUUGGUCCCUCAGGGAAACUGGCCUCCGCUGAUAUCGACAUCUACCUUCUAGAAAAAUCUAGAGUGAUAUUUCAGCAGCCUGGAGAAAGGAGCUACCACAUCUACUACCAAAUCAUGUCCCAGCGCAAACUUGAGAUGCUGGAUAUGCUGCUGGUGUCCUCCAAUCCGUUUGAUUACCACUACUGCUCCCAGGGGGUGAUCACCGUGGAGAACAUGGACGACGGGGACGAGCUGAUGGCCACAGAUCAUGCCAUGGACACGCUGGGCUUCACACCCGAGGAGAAGAACGGCUGCUACAAGAUUGUGGGCGCCAUCAUGCACUUUGGCAAUAUGAAGUUCAAGACGAGGCCGAGAGAGGAGCAGGCGGAGGCUGACGGGACUGAGAGUGCGGAUAAAGCCUCCUACUUGAUGGGCACUAAUUCAGCAGACCUCAUCAAGGGUUUACUGAAUCCCAGGGUGAAGGUGGGGAAUGAGUACAUCAUCAAGGGCCAGACUGUUGAACAGGUUUACUAUGCUGUUGGCGCAUUGGCCAAAGCCACGUACGAUCGGAUGUUCAAGUGGAUAGUGGACCGUAUCAACAAGACUCUGUACACAGCCCUUGCACGCCAGUUCUUCAUCGGAGUCCUGGAUAUAGCGGGAUUUGAAAUCUUUGACUUCAACAGCCUUGAGCAGCUGUGCAUCAACUACACGAAUGAGAAACUGCAGCAGUUCUUCAACCACCACAUGUUCAUCCUGGAGCAGGAGGAGUACCAGAGGGAGGGCAUUGAAUGGACCUUCAUAGACUUUGGCUUAGACCUGCAAGCAUGCAUUGACCUCAUUGAGAAGCCUAUGGGUAUAUUAUCAAUCAUGGAGGAAGAGUGCAUGUUCCCCAAAGCAACAGACAACAGCUUCAAGGCUAAGCUCUAUGACAACCACAUUGGCAAGUCACCAAACUUUGUGAAGCCAAAACCCGACAAGAAACGCAAAUAUGAGGCCCACUUUGAGCUGGUGCACUAUGCUGGAGUGGUGCCGUACAAUCUUUCCGGCUGGCUUGAAAAGAACAGAGACCCUCUGAAUGAGACAGUGGUGGUCUGCUUCCAGAAGGCCUCUAACAAAUUAAUGGCAAGCAUAUUUGAGAACUUCAUAGGGGCUGAUUCAGCGGGUGAGCUCAAAACGAAAGAGAAAAGGAGAAAAGGAGCGUCCUUCCAAACAGUCUCACAGUUGCACAAGGAAAACCUGAACAAGCUAAUGACCAACUUGAGAAGCACUCAGCCUCACUUUGUGCGUUGCAUCAUUCCAAACGAAUCAAAGACCCCAGGAGAGAUGGAGCCCUUCUUGGUGCUGCACCAACUGCGUUGCAAUGGCGUGCUGGAGGGCAUCAGAAUCUGCAGGAAGGGUUUUCCCAACCGUAUUCUGUACGCCGAGUUCAAACAGCGCUACCGUAUCCUGAACCCUCUGGCUAUCCCAGAAGACACUUUUGUGGACAGCAAGAAGGCUGCUGAGAAACUGCUCAGCUCCCUUGACAUUGACCACACCCAGUACAGAUUUGGUUACACUAAGGUGUUCUUCAAGGCUGGACUGCUGGGAGAGCUGGAGGACAUGAGAGACGAGCGUCUGGCCAAAAUCAUCACGAUGAUCCAGGCCGUGUGUCGAGGCAAGAUCAUGAGGAUGCAACGCCAGAAGUUCCUGUUGGAGAAGGAGGCCAUCACGAUCAUCCAGUGGAACCUCCGCGCCUUCUACACGGUCAAGAACUGGCCCUGGAUGACCCUCUUCUUCAAGAUCAAGCCCCUGCUGAAGAGCGCGGCCACCGAGAAGGAGCUCGCUGCCCUCAAGGAGGAGUACCAGAAACUGAAGGAGGCCUACGAGAGGUCCGAAGCCAAGCGCAAGGAGCUGGAGGAGAAGCAGGUGUCCCUGGUCCAGGAGAAGAAUGACCUCUCCCUGCAGAUCCAGUCAGAACAAGACAACCUUGCGGACGCGGAGGACCGCUGCAACCUGCUGAUCAAAGCCAAGCUGGCGCUAGAGAGCAAAGUGAAGGAGCUGACGGAGCGUCUGGAGGAUGAGGAGGAGGUCAGCUCCAACAUCCUCAGCAAGAAGCGCAAGUUGGAGGACGAGUGUGCCGAGCUCAAGAAGGACAUUGAUGACCUGGAGAUCACCCUGGCCAAGGUGGAGAAGGAGAAGCAUGCCAUCGAGAACAAGGUGAAAAACCUGACUGAGGAGAUGGCCGUCCUGGACGAGUCCAUCCUGAAGCUGACCAAUGAGAAGAAGGCAUUCCAGGAGGCUCACAUGCAGGCCCUGGAGGACCUGCAAGCUGAGGAGGACAAGGUCAACAUGCUGACCAAGGCCAAGAUCAAGCUGGAGCAGCAAGUGGACGAUUUGGAGGGUUCUCUGGAGCAGGAGAAGAAGGUCCGCAUGGACCUUGAGCGUGUCAAGCGGAAGCUGGAAGGGGAUCUCAAGAUCACCCUGGAGUCUGCUGCAGACCUGGAGAAUGACAAACAGCAGAUGGACGAGAAACUCAGAAAGAAAGACUAUGAAAUGACUCAGCUGGGCUCUAAACUGGAGGAUGGGCAAUCCCUGAUUAUUCAGCUACAGAAGAAGAUUAAAGAGCUGCAGGCAUGUAUCGAGCAGCUGGAAGAGGAGUUGGGCGCGGAGCGUGUGGCGCGGUCCAAAGCGGACAAGCAGCGCUGCGAGCUCUCCCAGGAGCUGGGCGAGCUGAGCGAGCGCCUGGAGGAGGCCGGCGGCGCCACGGCGGCGCAGAUCGAGAUGAACAAGAAGCGCGAGGCCGACUUCCUGAAGAUGCGGCGCGACCUGGAGGAGGCCUCGCUCCACCACGAGGCCACCACGGCCAUGCUGCGCAAGAAGCACGGCGACAGCGUGCUGGAGCUGGGCGAGCAGCUGGACAACCUGCAGCGCGUCAAGCAGAAGCUGGAGAAGGAGAAGUGCGAGGCCAAGAUGGAGGCCGACGACCUGGCGUCCAACCUGGAGCACAUGGCCAAGUCCAAGAUGGCCAUUGAGAAGAUGUGCAGGCUGUGUGAGGAUCAGCUGACCGAGGCCAAGGUCAAGAUUGAUGAACUGCAGAGGCAGCUCAUGGAUGCCACAUCCCAUAAAGCCCGAUCCCAGACUGAGUGUGCUGAGGUGACGCGUAGGUUGGAGGAGAGGGAGGUCCUGGUUCUCCAGUUGCAGCGCACCAAGCACAACUUCACCCACACCGUGGAAGAGAUGAAGAAACAUAUGGAGGAGGAGAGCAAGGCAAAGAAUGCCCUGGCUCAUGCGCUGCAGUCCUCCCGCCAUGACUGUGACCUGAUGAGGGAGCAGCUAGAGGAGGAGCAAGAGGCCAAGUCGGAGCUGCAGCGCGCCCUGUCCAAGGCCAACACCGAGGUGGCCCAGUGGAGAACCAAGUACGAGACCGAUGCUAUCCAGAGGACUGAGGAGCUGGAGGAGGCCAAGAAGAAGCUGGUGGCUCGCCUGCAGUUCACAGAGGAAACAGUGGAGGCCUCCCAUGCCAAGUGUGCCUCUCUUGAGAAGACCAAGCAGAGGCUCCAGAUUGAGAUCGAAGAUGUGAUGGUGGACCUGGAGCGCUCCAAUGCUGUGGCCACUGCCCUGGACAAGAAGCAACGCAACUUUGACAAGGUUCUGUCGGAGUGGAAGCAGAAGUACGAGGAGGAGCACACGGAGCUGGAGGCAUCCCAGAGAGAGGCGCGUAGCCUCAGCACCGAGCUCUUCAAGCUCAAGAACUGCUACGAGGAGGCGCUCGACCACCUGGAGACGGUCAAACGGGAGAACCAUAACCUGCAGGAGGAGAUAACGGACCUUGCUGACCAAAUCAGUCAGGGUGGAAAGACCAUCCAUGAGCUGGAAAAGACGAAGAAAGUGCUUGAUGUUGAGAAGAGCGACAUACAAGCAGCACUGGAGGAAGUAGAGGGUAGCUUGGAGCAUGAGGAGAGCAAGACCCUGAAGAUGCAGUUUGAGCUCACUCAGUUCAGGACUGAGAUUGAAAAGAAGCUGACUGAAAAGGAGGAAGAAAUCGACAACCUCCGACGCACCCAUCAACGCAUAGUGGAGUCUAUGCAGCUCACCCUGGAUGCGGAGCUUAGGUCUCGCAAUGAAGCACUGAGGCUUAAGAAGAAGAUGGAGGGAGACCUGAACGAGAUGGAGCUCCAGCUUAGCAACGCCAACCGCCAGGCUGCCGAGUCCCAGAAGGUGGUUCACUACCUCCAGACCCAGAUCAAGGAGCUGCACAUAGAGCUGGACUCAACCGUCCACCAGAACCAGGAGCUCAGAGAGCAGACAGCUCUGACGGAACGCAGGAGCAACCUUCUGGCCGCUGAGGUGGAGGAACUACGUUCCGUCAUAGAGCAAACGGAACGUGGACGGCGUCUGGCAGAGCAUGAGCUCAUAGAAACCACGGAGAGAGUCAACCUGCUGCACACACAGAACACCACUGUGUUGAACCAGAAGAAGAAGCUGGAGACUGACCUCAAAGUGCUGGUGGGAGAGGUGGACGAUGCCACCCAGGAGUGCAGGAAUGCCGAGGAGAAAGCCAAGAAGGCCAUCUCAGAUGCAGCCAUGAUGGCUGAGGAGCUGAAGAAGGAGCAGGACACCAGCUCUCACCUAGAGAGGAUGAAGAAGAACAUGGAGCAGACCGUUAAGGACCUGCAGAUGCGUUUGGACGAGUCUGAGGAGAUCGCCCUCAAGGGAGGCAAGAAGCAGAUGCAGAAGAUGGAGUUUCGGAUGAGAGAGCUGGAGAGUGAGCUGGACUGUGAACAGAGGAAGUCUUCCGAGUACCAGAAGGGCAUACGCAAGUACGAGAGAAGGAUCAAGGAGCUCACUCAUCAGACAGAUGAAGACAGGAAAACCCUGCUGAGGAUGCAGGACCUGAUCGAAAAGCUGCAAACCAAAGUGAAAUCCUACAAGAGGCAGGCUGUGGAAGCAGAGGAGAAUAUGAGCAGCAACAUGACAAGGUUCAGGAAAGUUCAGCACGAGCUGGAUGACGCCGAGGAGAGGGCCGAGAUGGCCGAGACUCAGGUCAGCAAGCUGCGUGUGCGCAAGGAGCAGGUCAUAGUGAAGAUCACAGAGUGAACUGAAGCAGCGAGUUGACAGCUAACGCCCUGAAUAAGUGAUGUAACAACCCUGCAAAUGUAUUUAACAGUGAUUCUUAAUCUGUACAAUCUUAAAAACAGCACACUUUGUGAAGAUGUCUUGAGUGUACUUUUUUGUCUGUGUAGAUUUUUGCCUUUGCUUAACUGCAGUAAAAGAAUAGAGCAAACUCCACCAAAGACUUGUGUUAAGACAUUGAGGUGCCGCUUGGAAUUUACUUUUGAGGAAAUGCAACCACAGUGUUCCAUUGGACUUUGAUCUUGUGUAGUGUAACUGAAAUAGAUAUCAAAGUUCUAGUAGUUGUAGUUUCAUUUAUGAAAAAAAAGUGAAACUUAGUGCAUGUUAGUCACUAAGUUGCCUAAAAACUUAAUACAGAGAAACUUAAAAACCCAAGGUGUGCAAUUUGAUGUGAUUCUGAAGGUAGCUCAUGGCAUGGGUACAGUAUCAUGUGGUACAAAAGGUCACCAAAAUCUGUAUUGUGCUGUCGGAAAUAUCUUGCAGGCAUACCAGAGUGCAAAUAUUUACCCCUCACCAGCUGUCCUUGAACAAACAAUAAACCCUGUAUUCACCAUC